CAGGAAUGACUUCCUUGACUUGCCACCCCAAGCCGUGCGAGCCACCAUGGAAUACUUGAAACCUGUGACUUCUGAAGGCUGGACUCGUGAAGCAAAAGCUGCCUUUGUCGAGUUGGUUAGCGGCGACAAAACCUUGCUGUGCAGUGUGUUGAAGCGUCAGGGGGCCCUACACUCCGUCAAUCUGUGCAUUGCAAGCUGGCAGCCUGAAGCAUACGUUUCUGAUCUGCUGGUCAAGAAAGGUCUUGCUCUGCCAACUUUGCGUUACAAGCGAAUAAUGGCACAUCUUCUGGAAGGUGAGCCAUUUUCCACAGACCUACAAGGGGAUGAUGGGAUUUCAAAUGAGCCUCCAUCAGCACAGCGACCAGCAAUCGCAGAACACCCAUCUGACUACCCUUUUCGAGCUGACCAUAACCUGCCGGGAGGCCUCGUGCCUCAACCAGCCCACCUCAUCUUGAGAGCUUACAGUUCUCAGCCAACUGACCAAGCUAAGCCAAUUGACCAUGCUCAGCCUGGUGAUCAGCCAACUGACCAAGCUAACCCACUUGACCAUGCUGAGCCUGGUGUCCAACCCGUUGCCUCCAAUUCACAAACAAUCAAACAUGCUCGGUCACUGGACCGGGGCUGUGCUCAUGCUCCGGCGAUUAACCUAGCUGAGAAAAUGCAGGGCGUAGCAUUUGCACCACAAGUGCAGCUUACAGUACCACAGCCAGUUACCUGUGACACACGAAGGCCUACACCUCCAUAUCCUGAGGAUGUCCCUCGCGAGGUUGUUACACUGUGUGUGCACAAGAAUCGCCCACAGGAGAAGGCUGCUCUACUUCAACAAUUUAGGAUUGCAACCCCAAAAGAUUGGGAAAAGCUUGCAGCAAAGGAAGAUGCCCGGUUGGCUCGGGCAGAAUCAACUGCAGAAACAACCAUGCAGCCAACAUUGCAGGCUGCCCCUCAUUCAAGUGGAGAGCCAGCCGCUCUGUCAUUUCAAUGCCUCAAUGGUACAUCAACUGUGCUACCGUGCCCACAGUCAGCUGUACAAGAUCCUGCACAGUCAGGUGGAGAGCCUGCUGUACAGCCAACUGCUAGUCCAGCUGUGCAACAUUCGUUUGAACCACCUUUGCAGCCAACAUUGCAGCCGGCCAAGCUCAGCUUCCCUAUGAUAUCUCCUGCUCACCUGGAUACACUUCAGGAGCCACAGGCAUCAGCGGGAACUUUUGUGAAGUCAGCUGCUGAAGCACCUCCGAGUCAGGAGCCUGCAUGUGAGAGUGAUGAUGACGAGGACAUCAUGUGCGUGCUUCGACGGGAGCUAGAUGGACCUUGCCCUACCCGUGCAGUAAAACCGUUAUACCUCAAGUCUGGGUAUUGCUUGAUGAUCCUCAACUAUGAGCAGCGGCCCUACGCAACUGCUGCUAAUGUUUCUCAGUUGCUUGGAUGGUCGUCUGACGUAAUCCUGCAAAAGCUGGAAGACAAACGGAUCCAGUUUCCAACACUGGUCCUCAAAAAAGAAGAGCAUCUCUCCCUUUUCAAUCAAAUGGCCAGUUAUGAAGUUCCUGGUGUGAAGAUCCACCGACAGCUGGCUCGACAGGUUACUCUGUUUCCCUUGCAAAAUGUCGUCGACUUGCUGAACUUGUUUGAGUGUACCGUGAAGAAAUUGAGGGAGGAAGUCGUGGUGGCCCUGUGUGCGUUUGACCCAGCCGAUCCAUACUGGCUCUGUGUGUCCGAUGACAGUGACUCGGAUGAAAAUUUAGCUCUGGUGAAGGAGCUUGACAGGCUGCAUAAAAAAAGGAAGGAAUGGCACCAUAAUAUCUUGCACAGCGAAAUCACUCAUGAAAAGGUCGAUCACUUAGGCUGUAUUGAAGAAACCAUUGAGAGGCUGGAAAAGCUGAUCUUGGAUAAAGGUGAGAGCUGA